AGAGUCUUGAAGGGGUAAAUCAUGAAUGGGCCGCGAAGGUCAGCCUUUCCUCUUUAACCGCAUUUAAAGGCGCUGCUCGUUUGUUUCUGAUUUGUAUUCUGCGCGUGGAUCCCCGCGCCGCGCGGUUGGUUUUCACACGUCGUCCGUGAGCGCGUCACGAGACACAGCGGCCCGAGGUUAUAUUUAGGCUCUGAGGAAAAUAACGGUGCAGGGUGAUUCCUCCGGGAGCUUGACUGGCUUUGUCAAGGACCUGGACACUGGAGCGCAGAAGGAGGAGGAGGGGGGAUGGCUCCUGCUCCUGCUGCUGCAACAAAUACCAAAAUAGGACCGAGCCGCCUGCGACAGUCCUGAGCUAAAUUGAGGUUCAUGUGUCUUUGAGAGGAGCGCUAUGAGGAGCAAUCAAUGGAAUAAAUAAGAUAUAAUGUCGCAUAAAAGCGAGAUCUACACAUAUGACUUCUGUGACGGGGAGCAUCCUGCGGAGCUCCUGGAGGCUCUCAGGCACUUCUACAUCCGCGGCCUGUUUACCGACGUGACCCUGCAGUGUGGAGAGUCCGCACAGGUGUUCCACUGCCACCGCGCGCUGCUGGCAGCCCGAAGCUCUUAUUUCAAAGUCAUGUUUACGGCUGACAUGAGGGAGAGGUCGGACCGCGUCAUCAAACUGAGCGGGGUGGACCGCGCUGUCCUCAGCGCCCUGCUGGAUUACGUUUACACCGGCAGGGUGAGCGUCACUGAGAGCAACGUGCAGAGCCUGCUGGAGGCUGCGGACCUCCUGCAGUUCAGCAGCGUCAAGCAGGCGUGUGAGAAGUUCCUCAUCCGCCUCCUUGAUGUAGACAACUGCCUGGGCAUGCAUACCUUUGCUGAGCUUCAUCAGUGCGCAGGUCUGGAGAGGGAGGCGCGCAGGACCAUGUUGAGCAGGUUCAUGGAGCUCAUGGAGCAGGAGGAGUUCCUGGAGUUAGGCCAUGAGAAGGUCAGGUCUGUUCUGGCUGCUCAGAGCCUCACUGCACAGGCAGAUGAAACACUGAUAGACGGUGUGGUCAGGUGGGUAUCCCAUGACUUGGAUAACCGUGCUCAUUUCGUGUCAGAUCUGCUGCACUCCAUCCACCUAGGUCUGGAUGACAUUUACUUCAACGCCUCUUUGGAAGUGCACAGGCAAUACCUGAUGAAAAAUGACGGAAGGUUAAAAUCUAUGAUUGUCCAGGCGUUGAGGUCAAAUGGUAAGGAGAUUCCAGCCAAAAGAAAAAUCUCCCCGAGUAUGUACAUCAUUGGAGGAUACUACUGGCACCCUCUGUGUGAGGUGCACAUCUGGGAUCCUGUAAGUGAUACCUGGGUGCAGGGGAAAGACAUGCCUGACCCUGGAAGGGAGAGCUACAGCGUCAGCCUGCUGGGUGCAAACAUCUAUGUGACCGGUGGCUACAGGAGCAACACUGUUGAGGCCUUGGACACAGUUUCAAUUUAUAAUUGUGACUAUGAUGAAUGGACAGAGGGUUGUCCCAUGAUUACUGCCAGGUAUUACCACUGCUCAGUGGCUCUACAUGGCUGUGUUUACGCCAUAGGAGGUUACAGAGGAGGUGCUCCAGAGCAAGAGGCUGAAUAUUACGAUCCACUGAAGAAGAGAUGGUUUCCAGUGGCCAAAAUGAUCCAAGGUGUUGGAAAUGCCACUGCAUGCGUAAUGGGUGAAAAUAUCUACGUUACUGGCGGCCAUUAUGGAUACAGAGGAAGCUGCACCUAUGAGAAAGUUCAGGUGUACAGGCCAGAUGUCAAUGAGUGGACCAUCAUAACAAUAAGUCCACAUCCAGAGUACGGCCUGUGUUCUGUUUCACUCAACAACAAGCUGUAUUUGGUCGGCGGACAGACAACCAUCGCAGACUGCUACGACACCGAGAGUGAGGAAUGGCGGCCCAUAUCGGUGAUGAAGGAGAGGAGGAUGGAGUGUGGGGCUGUGGUGAUAAAUGGGUGUGUUUAUGUAACAGGGGGGUACUCCUACUCAAAGGGGACUUAUUUACAAAGCAUUGAGAAAUAUGACCCUGAGAUGGACUCAUGGGAGAUAGUGGGGACUCUUCCUAGUCCCACCAGGUCACAUGGAUGUGUUUGUGUCCAUAGUGUCCACUGACCUUUACCACAUUUUCACUGUUAUUUUUCACAGAAUGGGUUGAACUGUUAAGGCACAGUGUGCAACGCUUUGUGAAUGAUGAAAGUAUCUGUCUUGCUGCUCUGGGUUAAUUUGCCAAAGUGAUGAACAAAAAACUCAGGCAAACAUUUGAGUAUAUAUAAGAUCUCAACUCUUUAACUGUUUUAAUGAGUUUUUAAGGUUUUUUACAAAUCUUGGCAAAUCUUUUUGUAAUACCUGAGCUGCACUUAGAUUGUAACUCAAGUAAAUAAAUGACUUU